CAUUCAUGCUAGAUAAUUAAAGAUAUGACUGGCAAAGUGAUGAUGAUGAUAGAACUUGCUUAAACCUCCAUUCUGAUUGAUUCGAUAUAUUGUAAAAUUCUUUGACAUUUGGUGAAGAGUAGUUACAUGGUAGUGUACCUUUUCAUCAAUCAAGAACCUUAACUUUUCAAAGCUCCUGUUGCUAUUGCUGGUUAUGCAUCCAUGGUCUGAACUGUUUUUGAGCCAGCACAAAAGAACUUGUCCAGGACAGUGACCAGUCCACAAGGCCAAUGACCACUUUUUCCAUGCCGAAUACUUGGACACCCAUGUCCAACGCCCAGUGGAACAGGAGUCUUGAUACCCACAAGGUUCUGGCUGGAUCACGGACAGUUCUUGCCAUUGGACCAGGGAGGAAGGCAGACAUUGAUUCUGUAACUGGGAAACUGCGUCUGCUGUAACAAUGUGGGCACCCAUGAUGCAGCAGAACAAUGUGGAAGAGCAUUUGGUGGCGUAUAACUUGACUUGGUAAGAAGGCUUAUAUUUUUAGAUGUAGAGGGUGCAAUUGAGGUGGCCACUUGAUUUGGUGAUUUUUUUUUCUUUUUUUUUUUGUUCCUAGAAAAAAAAAAUGCUUGAAGCAUAGAUAAUUGACAUAACUUAGACGCCACACAUACACACACGCACACACAUAUAUAUGUAUAUAGUGAUUUUAUGAUUUUUCUAUAUGUUUGUAUGCAUAUCCCUGAAAGCCAAAAAAAACCUUAUAUGAGUAUCCAUGUAGUUAGUUUUCAUGGUUAUCAUUUGAUUGUUAUGUUAUUAAGAGUAAUCUCAGUUGAAGAAACUGUUAAUAAUCAUGAUUAAGGAGAAUAUUUGAUAGAUGGAUAUUAAUAAUAUUUUUUUUAUAAAAUGAUAAGUGAUGAAGACGAAAAUGAUUUAUGACCUUCCGUGAGUCCACAAAAGUUUUUAUCAAGUAUUUAAUAGUUUUAAAAGAAAUAAAGUUUGGAAACCAUCAAUGGUAACUAAGUUUGAUAUAUUAUUACUUGUUGUAGCCUUUUUAGAGUGACAUGCUAUAUAAAUAAUAAUUCUUUAAUGAUAAAGAUGUUAUUUGUGAACAUCGCAAGGAUAAAUAAGAAUUUUCAAAAUUUUCCACUCUGGCGCUUGUAAUUAUUUCCAAACCCGCCGUUAUUUUGGCAUGCUCGGUAAUUUUCCAAACCGACUCUGGAGUUCAACGGUUUCGCCGUUGUUUGGAACGGCCGCACCCGCGCGCCGAUCCGGAAGAAGAGGAGAGAUCGCCAUCGAAUAGGAGACCCUGAGCUCCCCGACGGCGCGGAGCACCAAGUCCGCGCGUUUUUCGCCCUUGUACAGUGACCUCGGCAUGCCGAUCUUCCCCGACCGCGGCACCGCCUCUCGCUUCGCCAACGCGAGUCAGGCCGCCACCGCCUCCGCCCUCUGGCGAGACACAGGCAUCUCGGCUGACCUCCCUGCGCCUCCGGUCUUCACCCUUGAUGACCGCAUCAGAUUCUUCGCCCUCGGCGAUCUGCCGUCCCCGCCGUCGGAUCGGACAGGAUCUCUCUCCCCUUCCGCGUCCUCCUCUUCCUCUUCCUUCGUCCGGAGAACCAGGGCCGAGAUGAGUGGUUCUCGCGCGGCCGAGGUUGAUGGAGAGGAGAGAGAGAGGGGCCGCGGCUCGCCGAUAGAUGGGUUAAUCGAGCCAGGGGCGUUGAUCACACCACCUCCGCCUCCACGGCCGAGAGAGAUUGUGAAGCCGGGCUCGCAAGGAUGUAGCAUGCAGAACGGAGGGCUUGGUGCGGAUGGGUGGGUUACUGUUUAUGGAUUUCCCCCUAGUGAUACCAAUAUGGUGUUACGAGAGUUUGAAAAAUGUGGUGUCAUAUCAAAGCAUGUACAUGGACCAAGCAAUGCUAAUUGGAUACACAUUUUGUAUCAGAAUCCCUCUGAAGCUCAAAUGGCUCUUAAGAAAAAUGGUAUGCAGCUAAACAGUCUGUUGAUAAUUGCGGUGAAGCGUAUAGAUCCAAUGCAUCGUCAUCAUCUGGAUGAAACAUCUGACAGACUCAAUCGCGGAAGUUUCAUGGUUUCAUUACCCUCCAAGUCAACUACUUUAAAUAGCUCAUCGACUGGUACUCCAUCAACAGUCCUCACUCGCGCCCAUCAUCAACAGUCUAUUGCGACUCCAGCAACAUCAGCUUUGUCUAAAGUCAUGGACUUGAUAUUUGGCAUUUGAAUCGGAGUUGCACCAAUAUUUUUAUACAUGAAUUACAAGUCUCUCUUUAGGUUCUUUUUGCUCUGUUGUUAACAUUCUUUCACUGUUUUCAGCGUAUGUUGUAGAAGGAUCGGUUCACAAGCUGAGGUACUUCUCUCUCUGUAUAUAUGUAAAUAUAUAAACCGAUGCCUAAAGUAUAUCUCGUGAGGGCAAGGCGGUGGCCUUUGUCCUUUUUUUGCCCCCUUCA